UUCAGUUUUUCACACCUUUCUGAUUUUGCGUUUUUUUGACAGACAACCAAUUUUGGAAGGCGUUUUUGAUAGGCUGAACUUGUGUGUGUGCGUGUGUGUCGAUCAUCACGCUACACACCAUGCAGCAGGGGCAGCAGCAGCAUGGGCUGCAGCAGGGGCAGCAACCAUGGCAAUCGCAGCCGCAGCAGUACUCGGGCUUCACUGUGCCAUUCUACCCGCAACAACAGCAGCAACAACAGCAACAACAGCAUCAGCAACAACAGCAACAACAACAGCAACCGCUUUCGCAUCACCACUAUCAGAUGCAGAUGGGGAUGCAGCCAUUGCAUGGCGCACCAUUGCAGGGAAGCAGACUCGAUCCAGCGUCAUCUGCGAACGUCGCAGCAGCCCAAGCAGCAGCCGCCCAAGCCCAAGCACAAGCCCAAGCACAAGCACAGUCGCAAGCACAAGCACAGGCUCAGGCUCAGGCACAGGCACAAGCUCAGGCACAAGCAUCAGCAGCAGACACGCUGCACCAGAUCAGCUUCACGCAUCGCCCGCAGAUGACUUUCCAGCAGCAGCAACAGCCACAGCAGCAGCAGCAACAGCCACAACAGCAACAAAGGAUGAUGAGCCCGUUCUACUCACCGAGUCCACCACCAUCGCUGCAUCACCACCAGCAACAGCAGCAACAGCAGCAACAGCAGCAGCAGCAGCAGCAGCCAUUCUACACCCCAGUCGCACAGUACAAUGCAAUGUACAUGAGCCCAGUGGUCGUGCCAGCCAUGGUGACGACAAUCAACAACAACAACAACAAUAGCAACAGCAGCAACAGCAGCAACAGCAGCAACAAUGCUGGCACUGGCACUGGCACUGGCAUGGACACUGCUGGCCAUCUCAGGGCGAACGCGAACGCGGCCGAAUGGGACGUUAUUUCGAACAAGAUCGCCACUGCGACACGUCCGAGUCCAGGUCAUCACAGUGCCAAUGGAUAUGCAUUGAGCAACCAGAGCCCAGUCGCAUCAUCGUCGUCAUCACCGUCAUCGCCGCAGUACGCAAUCGCAAGGCAGAAGCGCGUUGCGUCUCCGUUGGCAAGCGGCGAUGCGCAGCGGAGGCGAGUGGACGAGUCACCCAGCGCAAGCUCAAUAGCUCAGACGCUCACCGUCCACAAGCAUACAGGCACUCCGAACGACCCGUACAAUGCACAAGCAAGCCCAUCUGGCACGCAAGACGUAAUGCACUUCCCACUACCAAGCUCAAGCAGCAAAGAUCCAGCGAAAGCAAUCAUCAAGGCAAAGUCUCGCAUGACGGGAGGAGCAGCUGGCUCCCCGUCCAGUCCAGCAAAUAGCCCGAGUGGUGGUGUCCUGGACUCGGUAACGGGCGCAUCAUCCGAUCGGCACCGACAAGUCCCGGCGUGCAUCAACUGCCAGCGAGCGCACCUCGCCUGCGACCGAAAGGUGCCGUGCACCCGCUGCGUUGCCACAAACAAGGAAGCCACGUGCUUGGCAGUCAGCCAUCGAAAGCGAGGCACACGAAAAGAAGACGCCGAGGACGGUCCGGCCGCGUCUGCACUGGCGCAAGUGCAGUCUGGCGCUGGUCCAUGCCUGCUGAGCGACUUUGCCGAUGACGCCAACUCAAUGUUCUUGACCUUCUUGUUCAACCUGUUUGGCGGCAUGGUUUUGGCAUCCGACGGAACAGUGCGGUUGCUGUCGCAGUCGUUGAGCUCGCUUGUUGGCUUGACAGACGAUCAAAUCUUUGGCCGAAAGAUUGCCUUGAUUUUGCACCCGAACGACGCGGAGGUGUUCAUGUCGCAGCUGACGCAGUCCAUGCACACGUCCCUUCCAGUCACAUUGGCCCCGCGUCUCCGCUGUGUCCAAGUUCCCAGCAUGGAUUCCUUCCCCACCACACCAUGUAUUGGCGGUCUGGAUGGUUUGGUCGACUCCAACACCUGGGCCCAACUUCCACAGCACGGUGCCACCACUACAGCAACGCACAGCAACUCGAACGGCAUUAUUUCGGCAGCAACCGCCACAGGGCCGGCGGCUGGACUGAGUCGGUCGGAUUCGGGAGCUGCGCGCGGAUGGUUUGUCCCUGUCAUCAUCACUGGCUGCUGGACUUCCAACGCGAGAGGCCCACAUUUUGUCUGUGGUAUUCGCCAUGUCGGCGUGCUUCCGAGCAGUCAUGUCCCCUCGACCUCUGCCGCCAUGGCAGCACAAUCAUCAUCAACAUCAUCAAGUGCUGUCCCUGCACCGUCUUCUGAGCGGUCGUCCACCGCAACUCCGCAGUCACCUGCAUCGGUUGUAUCCUGGUCGGAAGUUCGAGAACCUUCCCUCCCGUCCUCCCGAUCGACGACCGUGCACGAUGCCAACAAUACUUUGAAUGACAGAAUCUCACCCACAUCAUCCUCGUCCUUAGCCGUGCCAUCGGCACUUCCGCCUCGAACCGGCUCCUCGUCUCAAACGCCACCGCUGGCGUUGGCGAAGCCAGCCGAGGUCGAGCACCCGGUGCCUGCCCCCAACCCGUCCGCCGCGCCUGCGAGUUCCGAGCCUACCCAGAGGGGAGUGCCGCUGCCAGAGUUGCUACUCGAAUUCCCGCGCGGCGUAUGGACGGGACAGGUCAGCUCCGAGUAUUCGCCCCGCUUGGAUCUGUCGUAUGUGAAGGAUCUGGAGACCAUCCCGUUCAUUGCCAUGAGGUUGACGCUGGACGGGUUUCUCGUGCAAAUCUCUGCGUCGUGCAUGGAGAUUUUUGGAUUUACCCCGCUUGAGAUGCUUGACAAGUGGGCCUACUGCUUCAUUCACACGGAGGACAUUGUCUUUAGCACGCAGGUUCAUGCCCGGGUGCUUGAGGGUAGCGACGUGACCGGGUAUCACGUGCGACUCAUGCACCGCAACGGAAAUUACGUCGUGCUGGAAGGGCGAACUUGGAUGGUUCGCAAUCCCGAAACCGGCGAAGGGCGAUAUCUGAUUUCUCUUCUCCUUCCUCACCCUCGGCUGACCAACCGCGACACCAACACAUUCGUCGACAUUUCCGACCGGCCACGCUGGGGUAGUAGAUCAAUAGAGCAAUAAUCUUGCGAUCAGUCGUUGGGUCGGUUUUGAGUUUGCGUUUCUUUCUGUGUUUGACGAACGAUCUGAGGUUAUGCGCUGCAAAAGAUUACGAAAUAAGAUUUUGAUCCUGUAGCCA